AUGAAAGCAGAUGGCAUAAAUAAUGCCGGAUUUAUAUUCCAAGAACAGAAAAGUGAUUUACUUAUCAGAAAAACAAGAAAACGAGAAAAGAAAAAUAACAAUGUCAAAAACUAUGAAGCAAUAUGGGUGGAUGGUUGCUUCGAUCUAAUGCAUUAUGGUCAUGCUAAUGCUUUACGUCAGGCGAAAGCCAUGGGUGAUUAUCUAGUUGUUGGUGUUCAUUCUGAUGCAGAAAUUGAAAAGCAUAAAGGUCCAACUGUCAUGAGAGAGGAUGAAAGAUAUGCGGCCGUUGCCGCUUGCAAAUGGGUUGACCAUGUUGUUCCAAACGCACCAUACUUUACAAGUCUCGAAGUAAUGGAAAGUUAUUCUUGUGAUUUUUGUGUACAUGGCGAUGAUAUUACCACGCUUUGUGAUGGAACUGAUUGUUACCAAGCAGUCAAAGAUGCAGGUCGUUACCGCGAAUGUAAACGUACGCAGGGCAUCUCUACCACAGAGCUUGUAGGACGUAUGUUACUUAUGACGCGUGAUCAUCACAAACGUAAAUCUUUUAUUGCGUCUCUCAAUAAUGAAGAAUUGAGUACUUUUAGUAGUAGUCCAUCUAAACAAAGUCCCGAGACGAAAAUCUCUCAUUUUUUGCCGACCUCGAGAAGGAUAGUGCAAUUUUCUGAAGGCAGGGAACCAAAACCCGGAGAUAAAGUUGUUUAUGUCGACGGUACCUUUGAUCUAUUCCAUGUCGGACAUAUUGAGUUUUUGAAAAGAGCAAAAGCCCUAGGUGAUUACCUUUUAGUUGGUGUUCAUGAUGAUCAGACCGUUAAUGCCAUCAAAGGAUCAAAUUAUCCAUUAAUGAACCUUCAUGAACGCGUAUUAAGCGUUCUAGCGUGUCAUUACGUUGAUGAAGUAAUUAUUGGAGCACCAUACAGUGUCGACAAUAAUGUAUUAUCACAGGUUUACAAAGUGGACAUUGUUGCUCAUGGAAAUACACCUUCCUUACCUGAUAUUAAUAAUAAAGAUCCAUAUGAACUUCCUAAACAAAAAGGAAUUUAUGUUGAAAUAGAAAACCCCUCCGCGGAACUGACUACUGCUGGAAUUAUUGAUAGGAUAAUUAAACAUCGUAUCAG